UGCCCAGCGGCUGAGCAAUUCGCCUUGCCUAUUCCCUGUGAAUCUGCGAUUCAGCGAAGCCGCAAACCUGCCAAGCCCCAUUGCCCCAAGCCACAAGCAGCAGACCAGCUCUCCAGAGUCUAGACUCCAACCACCGGUCACAAGCGACAGCGAGUCGGCGAUGGCACUCCACCAGCCGUCUAGUCGCCAGUUGCCGAUUUGGAGAUGUCAACUGAGAAGUAUUUUCCCCGAAAAAACACCAAUAAGUUUCGAUGAUAGUUCUUCAAAUGUGUUUGUACAAGCCACACCUCUAGACACGGAUGGCAGGAUUGGUAGCGAGAGCGAGAGUAGGAUUAGAGAAUCUAUUAUUGAUGGAAAUGCGAUGUAAUUACGUUAACCCUUUUGAUUAAAUUUGGUAUAUUUUAUUAGUGUAAUUUGUUAAGACACUUUUAUUAUUAAUGUGAUGAUUUACGUUAUGU